AUGCGGCCCUUUGAGGUUCUGCCCGCGGAACUUAUAUUAGAGAUGAUGGAGAACAUGGGCGUUAGCGAUCUGACAUCGUUUGCCUUGUGCAACAAGAAGCUCUUUGGAAUUUUCAAGGAGAACCAAGCAACAGUCAUGACCACUUCCCUGCUUCGACUGGUAGAGCUGGAGCAGAUCCUAUUAAUCUAUACCGUCGACAAAAGAGACUUUGCCUCAAAUGCCAUGCUCCAUCCUCGCCGUAUCAGUGUUGAUAUCGGCCGCGGUGAUGACAAGCUGGUGGACCUCAUGCAGUCCGCUGUGGCCUUUCGGGACGGGAAGCUCAUCUGCCCUCGAAAGAUUGUCUUGAAGACUGAGGAUCUCUCCCGUAUCUGGACACUCGUCAAGGUUGUGGACUGGUGGGUCGAGCAUUAUCCCAGAUUUCGAUGGCACAAGAAUCCAGAAGAUACGCGUUGUCUACGUCCGAGCGAGGAACAUCGAUUACGCAAAGCUAUUACGAGGUGGUGGUUGUACUCGGAAUGUUUCCAUGGGAAAUACGCACGUUCGCCUUUCUUGCCCAGACUACUGGAGGCUGAUGAUCGACUCUACCACAUUCGACUCUUGAGCUCGACCGAGAUUCGAGAGCUCGAAGAUCUCUGGGAAACCUUCCGCAGUACUGUACAACGGGAUAUUUGCUCAUCCAUCUCGGACAAGGACUGGGAUCGCAUUCCGUGGGGUUGGGAUGACUGGCGUACAAAGGAUAUUGUGAGCACCUAUAUGAAGUUGGACCCGACACAAGCCAAGCAUCUCAUUACACACUCUCCGCUUCUCGGAAAGCCAGCAAUCAUCCAAGCCGCACGGCAAAGCCAGCCUGACUUUGCAGAGCAGCAGGAGACACUUUCCUGGGCAAUCCAGACUGUUCUCCAGGAGCGCCUCUUGCUCAUGUCGAAUGCUUUCACCGACAUACCAGCCAGUGGAAUCAUUGACGAAGAUCGUUUCUUUGAUGAAAACGAUGUCUUCACCGCCGAUGCAUGGGCAACGGGGAAGCCACCCUUGAGUCGACAAGAGAUCAUGUCCUACCCAAUUCGACCACCCAAAUACAUUGCUUACGGAGAUGAUGGGCGUGAUCUUGACUUUCAAUUCUAA